AUGCCUUUUAAUCCUAGCUCUGCACACGAUCUGCUGCUGGACCCACUUCAUGCACCUUUUGGCCUUCCAUUUCGGUCAAGAAAAGCGAGCAGAUAUGGACCAUUAAAUGGCAUUCGGCUUCGUGGUGUAAAGGCACGGGGGUUAUUGAGUUGGUCUGUGACUCUGUUUCCGGGUGAUAGAAGGCGCACAAGAACCGGGUACCUAGGGGCGAUUUGCGGUAAUGCUGUGGCCGGUAUUCUUUCGGCCUUUGUAUCCGACCUGAAUGUCCCACAAGUUCUUUAUAUGGCGAAAUAUCGGGAGUCCCAUGUGGUUGGGAAACAUCCACCGAUCACUGUCGCCAGCCAGCCUCUUAACCAUAAUGAGAUCUGCUUGCACUUGAGCGUGUGGACGUCUGAAAGAGAGCCUUCACCGUAUGCCUUUUGGUAUGAACCAUCCAGCAGAUCGAUGAUUGUUGGCAAUUGUACACAUUGCUCAGUCGUUGUAAGAACAGCCGUUUGCCACUCGAGCAGUUACCGGCUGAUUGACCACCUCAAAACAGGUGAUGCAGGAUAG